AUGAAAGUUCGUCUCAAGAGGUUCCGGGUUCGGAUUAAGGUUUGUGUCGGGUUCGACUCCGUGGAUUCGCGGAAGGACAAGCUGGAUCUGGUUCCCUCUGGCGACGACGAGUCUUCAGGAGAUGGUCAGCAGCUGCCCAAGUUGGUGGAGGUUAUCAAUGACACUCUGGUGGAGUUAUUGGACGGCUCACCCGACCAACACGACCUCCCCCGACUGUUCGACAAUACUACCUUCUGCGUCGGGAACAACUCUGGUCCUUCAUGUAACACAACAGAGUUUUCCAUCUACGACAGUCCACCGCCGUUCAGCCUUCCGUCUACCAUCUUCAUCGGUGUGUGUCUCACCAUCUGCAUCAUCAUUACCGUCCUGGGCAACAUCCUGGUGCUUGUGGCAUUCUUCUGUGAGCGAGCCAUCAGGCAGCCGUCAAACUACUUCCUGGCGUCACUGGCCGUCACUGACAUCCUCAUAGGAAGUGUAUCUAUGCCCUUCUACACUGUGUACGUCCUCGUUGGCUACUGGGAUCUGGGACCAAUUCUUUGCGACCUGUGGCUCUCCGUGGACUACACCGUGUGCCUCGUCUCCCAGUUCACGGUUCUCCUCAUCACCAUUGACAGGUUCUGCUCCGUAAAGAUCGCGGCUAGGUACAGGGCGUGGCGCACCAAGAACCGUGUGAUAAUCAUGGUGCUCGUCACCUGGGUCAUCCCGGCGUUGCUCUUCUUCGUCAGCAUCUUCGGGUGGGAACACUUCAUUGGGUACCGUGACCUGGGGCCUGGUGAGUGUACGGUACAAUUCCUCAAGGAUCCGAUCUUCAACACGUCUCUCAUCGUCGCCUACUAUUGGAUCCCACUGAUCGCGCUCUUUGUCUUAUAUGCCGGCAUUUAUCAGACCGCGUAUGAGAUGUCUAAAAAGGCGCGAGAGAAGAGGAAACAAGCUCAGGCCUUGAUGAAUCUGAAACCCUCGGCGCCUACUGCCAGCAACAGACCAAGUCCAGCGCCGGUGACGAAGGCGGCACACCCGACCAACAAGACGAGUGCCGGAGGCAAGAGUAGCGGCAGUGACAACGGUGAUCACGGUGGUGAGGAAAAAGGCGGAGGAACGAUGACCAUGUCCAAGACCCAGAGUACACUCAUCAGCCAAGACAAACCCAAGACAGAGACGGAAGUCGCCUCCGCUCCUCACACUACUGCCAACGACUCCACAUCCUCACACAAGAUAUCCUCUAAGACAACCACCACCGAGACGAUGAGCUUCAUGGAGAAAACUGUACUGGAGAAAGAACUUGAAAAGUCGAGCAGUGGAAUAGAGAGUGAAGACGAGAAGCGUGACAGCAACACCAGUCUGCCCAAGAUAGAGCCGCUGGCGCCACCACUGAGGGCAUCGCCGACCACUGAGUCUCUGGCCAAGAUCCCUGAGCAGUGUUUACUGGACUCUGAAAAUUCUGAGCCUCGUCUAACUGAGCCUUCCAUACACCCCGUACCGGCAGACUCUGUGGCGGCUCUCUUAGGCAUCAGUCAAGUAAACAAUGGUGGUAUCCAUAAUGGACUGACCAACCUGACAAUAUCAUCCUUAGGGGACAUCCCCAUUGUACCUCCUCCACCCCCUGUGUCUAGUCAACUUGGUGUGCACCCUUUAGCUGCCUCCACUCCCAUCACUCCCUCCAUCACAGCCACUAAUGAACCCAUCGAGCCUCCAGCUAUGUUCGCUGACCUCCCAGUACCCCAGAGACCGACCAGCCUGGAGCUGAGACUCAGUCCGCUCACACUUCCCGCCUACGACUCCGUCAUGUCGAUGGACACGAGUGACAUGAGGUUCAUGGACGAGAGUUCGGUGGUCGUGCCCUCACCUGUGGUUGAGACACCUCCUUCCUCCAGCUGGACACAACAGGACGCCACCAUCUCUCCCGAAGACUUAGCGCGGCGUCUAGAGGCACCAAUGAGUCUACCGUCACCCUCGAACACGGUCACACCUACACCAAUGCCUUCCAUGAACGGUAACGGAUCCCUUCACAACGGCACAGACUCCAUGAGGUCGACACCGAAGCCCCAAACAUCACCAUCCAAGAAAACACUGAUCCCAGACCCCAGUCCCCCCGCUGCCCCUCACCCGACACCCGUCAAGGUGCCCUUACCUCCGUCAUCACCCAUAGUGAAGAAACAGCCUCCCCCACCUCCACCCAGGGAUCCAUCUAUAACAACAACUAUAACCUUAGCUCCUCCUGUAGUGUCUAUAACCCCCAGCAGCCAACCAAACAGCACCAAGAAGUCAGGAGCCCCAACCAACGGAGGACCACCAAGUGCCUCUCUCACCGUCACCAGCAGAGGCCGCGACAGUAGCAUCGAGCCCGACAGUUGUGCUGAAGCGUCUCACGUAGAUGAAAAGGUCAAGCCCAAGAAGGACGUGUUCAAGAGCUUUGGUAAGAAGAUCCGCUUUAAGAAGAAGAAGAAAGACCCGGAGGAGAAGAAGUCCAAGUCCCACAACCGAGCUAACAAGGCCCUCAAGACCAUCUCGGUGAUCAUGGGCGCCUUCGUGGCCUGCUGGACGCCUUACCACAUCAUCGCUAUCAUGGAAUCAUUUUGCCUCUGCACGAAUGGUCACGUUUACAUGUUUUUCUACUUCCUCUGUUACGCCAACAGCCCCAUCAACCCCUUCUGCUACGCCCUCGCCAACCAGCAGUUCAAGAAGACCUUUAUGAGACUCCUCAGAGGGGACUUCCACGUCACUUAAUGUUGUGUCUUUAGUGUAGUCUUGGCCUUUGUCUUAUAUUAAUGUAAAGGUGUAGCUUAGUGGCGUUUCUUACUGUACUGAUGCAAGCUGGUUAUGAAGUGGGACCUAAGCAUUGUAAAAAAAAAAAAAAAGCCGAGAUGAGCGUAAGUUAAAGCAUGCAGAUAGAGCGGCCCGGGGCAGCUUACUCACCUUCCUCAGCUUACAAGAAGGUCGGUCGGUC